CCAACUCUCUGAAGGCAUCUUAUGAAGACUGGCUGCUGACAUAUGGUUUGAGCAUCUCUCCUUUUCACAUGCGAUGGCAAACAGCUCUCUUCAACCGCCAGUUCUACAACUGGGGGAGAUGGAAACCCAGAUUUCUGUAUUUAUGGUUCAGCAUAGGAAUGGUGUUUGGUGUACUUGCCAUGUUUGGCUCUGUUAUUCUUCUUGGAAAGACACUGGUGCAAACCCUGACACAGAUGCUCACCGAGGCACCAAAAGCCCAGAAUGAUCGUAUGCUGCAAGUUGUGGUGCCUGGUGUAAAUUUGCCUGUCAGCCAGCUGACCUAUUUCUUCUCUGCAAUCCUCAUCAGUGGUGUGAUACAUGAAGUCGGCCAUGGGGUGGCAGCUAUUCGAGAACAAGUGCGAUUUAAUGGAUUUGGGAUUUUUAUCUUCAUUGUCUAUCCUGGAGCAUUUGUUGACCUCUUCACAACGCACUUGCAACUAAUAUCUCCAGUCCAACAAUUAAGGAUAUUUUGUGCAGGAGUGUGGCAUAACUUUGUUCUUGGUGUUGCAAGUUUCAUGGGUUUGUUUCUGCUGCCAGCCAUUCUUUUCCCCUUCUAUUACACGGGUGUUGGUGCCCUUGUCACUGAAGUUGCAGAGGAUUCUCCUGCCAAUGGACCAAGAGGUCUCUUUGUGGGAGACCUUGUCACUAACCUACAAGACUGCCCGGUUUAUAGUGUAGAAGACUGGAAUUCUUGUCUGGGAGACAUUUCAGAGAAGUCACAGGUUGGCUACUGUAUAAGUGCAGCCACCCUACAGCAAUUAAGCUUUCCAGCUAGAGUUUAUAGAAGACUUGAUGGCACAGUUGAAUGUUGUAGUAACAACAGCCUCACAGAUAUUUGCUUUUCAUAUAGCAAUAACUUGGACAGCCACCUGUAUGCCUGUCUGCCAGCACGAAAAGUUAUUGAGGCCAGCAAAGUCUGUCGAACCAACAUGGACUGCCAGAAGGACUUUGUUCCAAGCUUUUGUGUGACUCCUUCUUUAGAGAACCAAACAAGGCUAAUCAGGGUAAAACAUCCACCCCAUAUUGACAUGCUGUAUGUAGGACACCCCAUGCAUCUUCAAUACACAGCUGAUUGCAAUGCCGUUCUUAAAGCUCUACAGCCCAUUUUUCAGGAGCAGGGAAUGACAGAAACAGUUCAUAACUGGGAAGACCAUGGUUAUUUAGCAACCUACAUUAAAAAAAAUGGCAGCUUUGCCAAUUUGAGAAUUCACCCUCAUGGAUUGGUGUUGGUUGAUCUGCAGAGCUACAAUGAUCAUAUGAAAGGAAGAGAGGAAGUUGAUCAGCUUCUAAACAAAGUAGAAGAAAGAAUGAAAGAAUUGUUUCAUGGUAAUAUAAAAAGGGUGAAACGAUUGCCAGCCAUUUUGAGAGGCGGUGUCAUUGACAGAUACUGGCCCACAGCUGAUGGGCGUCUGGUGGAGUAUGACAUAGAUGAAGUUGUUUAUGAUGAAGAUUCACCUUUUCAGAAUAUUAAAAUUCUGCAUUCAAAACAGUUUGGGAAUAUUCUUAUUCUCAGUGGGGAUGUUAAUCUGGCAGAGAGUGACCUGGCAUAUACUCAAGCCAUAAUGGGCAGUGGAAAGGAAGACUACACUGGGAAAGAAGUGCUGAUCCUAGGAGGUGGUGACGGAGGUAUACUAUAUGAGAUAGUCAAACUGAAGCCAAAGAUGGUUACUAUGGUAGAGAUUGACCAAAUGGUGAUCGACGGGUGUAAGAAAUAUAUGCGUAAAACAUGCGGAGAUGUCUUAGACAAUCUGAAAGGAGAGUGCUAUCAGGUUUUAAUUGAAGACUGUAUUCCUGUACUGAAGAGGUAUGCCAAAGAAGGAAGGAUGUUUGAUUACGUAAUUAAUGAUCUGACAGCUGUUCCAAUCUCCACAUCUCCAGAAGAAGAUUCCACAUGGGAAUUUCUGCGGUUGAUUCUUGACCUCUCCAUGAAAGUCCUGAAGCAAGAUGGAAAAUACUUCACACAGGGGAACUGUAUCAAUCUGACCGAUGCCUUGACUUUGUAUGAAGAACAGCUUAGCAGGCUUUAUUGUCCUGUGGAGUUUUCAAAAGAAACUGUGUGUGUUCCCUCCUACAUGGAAUUAUGGGUAUUCUACACUAUUUGGAAGAAACAAACUGACAUCUGAACAUCAAGAUUGUUUGAGAUUAUCCUAAAUGUACAUGCUGCAUGGAGCAUAUAGGCCUGCCACGUGCUGCAUAUUGGCAUCUUGAACCUUUAAAUUAUAUGCUGUAGAUGAUCCUGAAACUUAGUCAUGCUAUUGAUUGUGAAUUCUUUAAAUGUUUUUAUUAUUAUUUUAAUUUAAAAGCAAAUGGAAAAAUGUAUAUUUUGAUGAGCUAGGGUGUUAUUUUUGAAAGUCAACUUAAAGAUGAAUAAGCAGCAAAACUAUAUAGCUGCUGAAUGCACUGAACCUUUAGAAUGUGAUCCUUUUUAUUUUUUUGUAGAUCUUUGCAAACUGGUUGAUUAAAAAAAGACAUCUUUAGCAUUUCAUCUCUGAAGGGUGGUCCAUGGAGUUUGUUUUGGGUGUUUUGUUUUUCCACCAGAUUUUUUUGUGAUGUUUUUUAAGAAUGGAGGGAUUUUUGUUUAAUUCUUUUUUUUAAAUGAACACUGCAGUGCUUCCAUAUAGAAGGGCGUAACUAAAACAAAAAAGAAAAAAAUGAAGGAGAAAAAAAGGAAAAAGUCUUCUGAAAGGAUACUCCAAAUUCUUUAUUGCAAAGGGAAGAAAGCUAGUCUUAAAUUUUGGUUUUUUACUCUAGUUGCAUUUAUCAUUGCUGUAAUCUCUUCUGCAGAAGAAUCUUUGACCUCUCACCUCAUGGAAUUCUUUAGCUGCUGCCAUAAUUUGGAUUUUGGUAUGGAUUUAACAGUAGGUUAUAGGGGCACUUUGAACUCUUUAUCAGUGUGAAAAUUAAAGCUGGUUUUCCAUCCCACCACAGUGCAAGACAUUGAGUGUAAUGAGGUUCUUGUGGGCAUACACUCCUCAACCUUAUGGUAAGCACUAGGUUCUUGAAGGAAAGGUUGUUUUAGAGGGCAGAAAUGUGGGUGUGAUCCAGAUUCAUGUGCACCAGUCUUUAAUAUUUUGAGGCAAGUGUGUAUACUUAAGUAGGGUGAGUCCUGGUUGUAUUGCUGCAGAUUGACUGUGUUGUGUGGGGCUCUUGCUGAAUUAGGUUCACUUUCAGUGUAAAAGCCAGUGGAAGCUAGGUUGCAUUGUAGCUCUGUUCCAAAA